GUCUCAGGGCACUUCACAUCUUCGGCGAAGAAACAAAAUGGGCAGAAAGAAGAAAUUCAUCGACAAGAAAAAGUCGGCGACCUUCCAAUUACUCGCCCGAGACUCGUCCGAUCCCAACUACGAUGACUCACCCGGCAGCGACCGAGUCUUUAUCCGAGUUGACAACAGCAGCUACCCCAUUGAUGCCUUAUUCCCUGAAGAUAAUCCUCACGACGCCUCCGGUGCCGGCGGAUACGACGACGAUCCCAAUUCGAUAUUCGCUGAUGCACCUGAGGAUGACGGCGGUGGGCAGGACUAUGGUCAAGUUUCCGGGUACUCGGUGGCUCCAUCAGCUCCUCAGCCAUUGCCGGACCACGUUAGGAGGGAGAUUCUGGAGCUAGGGUUUCCUGACGACGGUUACAACUACUUGCUACAUAUGAGGGAGAUUAGGAGUACUUCUACAGUUUAUCACAAUUCCAAGGCUAAGCUCGAUCAGCUUCCUCAUGAUGUAAAGGCAUAUGAUGCUUCAAGAGUGCGCAUUUCUGAAAAUGAGGCUCCGAAUGAGAAGGUGAUUUACAGUGUGGCUUCUAAGACGGUUAAUGUAAGGGUUCAGAAAGCGGCUGAUCCAGAAGUAUCUGCAUUGCUUGAUGAUAGUGAUCUUUCACGGUUUGGUUCUGAUAUUGAGGACUUGGAAGAAGAUUUCGUUGUUCAGGCUAACCUUGCCGCAGAAAAGGAGGGGGAGGAGGAGGAGGAGGAUGUGUGUGUAGAUAAUGGGCCAAAUAUUGUUGAGCAAUCUGAGAACAAAAAUGUGAGAAAUGAAACAAACGGAGUUGGAACAAAUAGCGUUGAGGGAGCAAAGGAUAACUCUGUGGCUGAAAAGCCACGAGUUCAUCGCCUCUUGGACGAGCAAUUUGAUUUACUUGUGAGUCAGGAAUAUGCCAGUGAUGACGAAAAUGAUGAUGAUUAUGGCUAUGUAGCUGAAGAAGAUGAGACCCUUGCAGAGAAGCUCAAACAUGCCACCCUGAAUGGCCAUGCGAGGGAUGACUUAGAACUGGACGGCGGUUAUAAGGCCCCUGCAGAUUUGCUGCGUGAUAAUGAGACAGUAAAAACGAAAGAGCUAGUGGACUCUGCUAGUGAGGUUAUUCGGCGCUGUGCCGAGUAUGCUGAGAAAUAUGAGAAUGAAGAUAAAGAUGCAGACUUGGUCAUUGUGGAGGAAUCUAGUGAUGAAUCAGAAGUGUGGGACUGUGAGACCAUUGUUUCUACAUAUUCAAAUCUUGAUAAUCACCCUGGCAAAAUCGAAGCUCCAGGAGUAGCUAGAAGGAAGAAGCUUUCUGAAACUGUUUCUGGAGCCUUUCCUCGUAAUAAAAAACCUGCUACAGAGAAGGUGAAAGAUAUAGGUGCCUUGAAAUCUGAGCAGCAGAAAAGGAAGCAACAUGGUAUGGAGUCAAAGGAGGAGAAGAAAGAGCGAAAGGCUGCUGUCAAGGAGGAAAGGCGUGAAGCACGCCGUACCAAGAAAGAAAUAAAGGAACUUUACAAGGGUGAAGCACAGCAUGCUCAGAGAGUAGCUGCUAUAUCUGGCCCUUCUUCUAUUCAUCUUAUGUGAUUGUGUUGAUCAAGAAGUUGUAUCUCUAGAUAAUUGGAAUUGUAUCACUAUUAUUGCUUCAAAUCAGGCUGUUUCUAGAAAUAUGCUUUAUAUUAAUUAGUUUGUUUAGUGAUUUUCUUAUAGGUAAGACAGAGUACUAGAUUAAUAGUCAAGACAGUGGCAUCGCUUGAGCCCGCACUUUUCGCAUGUAAUCUACGACCAACAAUGUUGAGUGAGGUGUACGCUCCAUCCCGACUGCCUCGAGUUUUAGCAGCGUAGAAUAUAAGUUGUGAUUGA